AUGAAGCGGAAGACGGGUGAACUAGCGGCAGAAUGGGAACCUGAACAGGGUACCUGGCACGGCUGGAACGGUUCGCAAGCAGACUGGGAGAGGGAGUACCGGAAGCGGCUAUCGCAAGCCAGGAAUGCUGGAGAGGUGUGGACGAUCUGGCAGGAAGCCAGCCAGCAAAUCACCAUGAACGAAAUCCACCUGACUACUGCCCUGAAAGGCUGCCAGGGUGAUCCCAAAAUAGCCAUGCGAAUCUUCCGGAAGGCGACCGACGCCGGUGUAGCAGUCAACGCUGUUCACUUUGCCUGUGUUCUCAAGGUACCGGGCACCCCGACUAAGAAGCUCCUGUCUCGGAUGAAGGAGCACUCUGUGGAAGGAAACCGCUUCACGUGGAAUGCAGCCUUGACGGGCUGUGCUGCUCAGGAUGCUUGGCGCCUCUUCGAGCAGAUCGAUCGUCCGGACCGCUACGCCAUUGCCAGCUUGCUGAAGAAAUGCACCCCAGAAGAGGUCCCGAAGGCCCUGAAGAUCGCCAAAAAGCAUGGCAUUCAGCCUGAUCGUGCGAUCCUCAACUCGGCGGCCACGGCGUCUCCCGGUUCCUUCCUGAAGAUCUUGAAGCAGAUCCCCUUGAAGCCCGACCUGCAGUUCUUCAACAUCGUCCUCAACAGAGCCGUAGACUUCGACUUGCCGGACGUAGCACGGAAAGCCUUCGUAGAGCUGAAAGCCCAAGGCCUACGACCCGACUCUUUCUCGCUGAAUCGCUUCCUGGCGGCGCUACUGCGGCAGGGCCCAAGUGAGGGCAGCGAGGCAAGGUCUGUGCUGGAGACUCAUCGCAAGUUGAUCGAUAAGCAUACCUGGACGAUAUUGGGGAAAUCCCUCGUUGAGUCUGGCAGGGCCAAUGAAGCACUCCAGAUAUACAGGCAAGAGCGGAGGACUUUUGGAAGACUGAAACCGGACGUCGCAUUCUUCAAUGUGUAUUUGGGUGCUUGUGCCAAAGCAGCCGCAAUGGAUCUGGCCCAGGAGAUCUGGGGUGAUCUGUCCAGAUUCGCAAAAGCGGACCUGGUGUCGCACCACUGCAUGAUUCAGGUCUAUGCUGCCGUGGGACAGCUGGACUCGGCAGAGGAGGAGCUCGAACGAAUGGAGGCAAACGGUAUUGAAGCCACCGCAAGAACCUACAACAGCUUAAUCGAUGCUGCAAGCAAAGCCGCAGAUUUCAAGCGCGCAAGGCGACUCCUCCAAGCCAUGCAGGAGAGGGAACUUGAAGCCGACGUCUUCACCUUUAACAUCCUCAUCAACAGUGCUGCCAACAUGGGCCGGUGCAAGCGGGCGGAUUCCUACUUCCGGAAGAUGCAAGAGCUGGGAAUCUCGCCAGAUGCCGUGACGGCGGUGAGCCUUUUGAAUGCCUAUUCCCACGGCGGGGAGGCCGAGAAAGCUCUUGCCUUCUUCGAGAAGCUGCCGAGUUUCGGCUUGGAGCCGACGACAAGCUGCAUCAAUGCCUUAGUGGACUGCUUGAGCCGGAGCGGGCUCUUCGACGCGGCCUGGGAGCGCGUCGAGGCUGCGGAGGCGAAGGGACUGGCGGACACGGUGACCUACAUGGCCUUCUUGGGGGCCUGCCGGAACCUGAAGUCCAAGCUGCACGCCAAGGAGGCCUUCGCCAGGUUGAAGGAGGUAGCAGACAAGCCCGCCUUGGCUAGCGCCUACGUUCUCCUGUCGGAGCUCUACGAGAGUUUGGGGAAGCACGGGAAGGCUCAGAAGCUGGAGGCGGAGCGCGUGGCCUCUGGCUUGGUGAAGCAGCGAGGCGAGUCCUACCUGCACCUCGAAGAGGGCGAAGAGAGCGGCUUGACAGUGAGGACCUUCACCGCCGGCCCCGUUUCGGCUUCCGAGGAGGCUACGAGGGCGGAGGGCGCGGAGGUGGAUUCCGAGCUUUGCACUGCUUUGGCGGCUCUGACGAGGCGGCUGCGUGCUGCGGGGCAUGAGCCGGACUUGGCCUCGGCCUCAGCCCGGCACGAGAGCGCCAAGGAGAAGGCCUUGUCCUUGGAAUCCCACUCGGAGAAGAAGGCUCUGGCCCUGGCUCUGCAUCGGCGGAAGUCCCUCUGCUCUGCCAUCAGCAUCACCAAGAACCUUCGGGUCUGCAACGACUGUCACGGUGCGAUGAUGGUGGCCUCCAGGGCCUACAGCUGUGAGAUCCAUCUUCGAGAUCGAUCGCGCUGGCACAUCUUUAAAGACGGAAUGGACCCUGGCAACUCGCAGAUGGGGCCACGACUUGAGCAGAGACGUGAGACGAUUCGACCUGGCGAUGCUUUGAUGGCAUCGCAGCGCUCGCCAGGCUCGCCAGAGCUCAUCCCUGCUGCACUUGCUCGGCUUCCCUCUGUGGAGCCUCGUGGGCAAAGGCACAGGUUCGUGGAUGUUUGCCAUGCGCUGUGCGCUGAGCUGUCAGUGAGGCCUGGUCCUGAAGCUCCACGACGGGCGUGCCUCUUCUGGCAGCCUGGGAUCGCAGGCUUUCUAGCCGCCGACGUGGAUGCCAUGAAGACGGCGAUGAUGCGGGCAGCAGAGGACGGCCGUUUGGAUGAUGUGAAAGACUUCGUCGAGCGGGGUGAGGACGUCAAUGCCAAGAGCAAAGCCGGCUACACGGCGAUGAUGUGGGCAGCGAGCAAUGGCCAUCUGGAGGUGGUGAAAUACCUCGCGGAGCAGGGCGCCGACGUGGAUGCCAAGGACGAUGACGGCUGGACGGCGAUGAUGUGGGCAGCGGGCAAUGGCCAUCUGGAGGUGGUGAAAUACCUCGCGGAGCAGGGCGCCGACGUGGAUGCCAAGGACGAUGACGGCUGGACGGCGAUGAUGCUGGCAGCGAGCCGGGGCCAGCUGGAGGUGGUGAAAUACCUCGCGGAGGAGCGGGGCGCCGACGUGGAUGCCAAGGACGAUGGCGGCAACACGGCGAUGAUGUUUGCCGCGAGCCGGGGCCAGCUGGAGGUGGUGAAAUACCUCGCGGAGCGGGGCGCCAGCGUGGAUGCCAGGGCCAAGUACGGCGCCACGGCGAUGAUCUGGGCAGCAAGCUUGGGCCAGCUGGAGGUGGUGAAAUACUUCGUGGAGGAGCAGGGCGCCGACGUGAAUUACAAGACCAAACACGGCUCCACGGUGAUGUUCCAGGCAGGAGAGUACGGCCACUUGCGCGUGGUGAAGUACCUCACGGAGCAGGGCGCCGACGUCUGGGCCGUGGACGAAUUGGGUGUGCCCUUGUGGAGAAAGAUCAAGGACAAGGAUGUGGUGCAGUGGUGGCGACAGCAGGUGACCACGUGGAAGCUUUGCCAGAGGGUUGCAGGGAACAAGAAGACCUAA